GCGUACACUUUCAUCAGAUAUAUGCAGAUUUUGCUCGCUUGUCCCUGACAGAUAGUCUUCUUAUUACAGAUCUGUCGUCAACGAUAGUGGAAGUUCAAAAUACGCCAAGAAAGGCUCCACCUCAGUGACGAUGAAAAAAACCGAAAUCAAUACCAAGUUUCAGGUCCAAGCAGCCCUUGACUUGCUCCAGUUAUUUGAUAUUUUCGUGGAUACGUACAAGACAGUGAAUGACCAUCCCAUCGGCGUGCAUAUUCUUAUCCCGAAGACAAAGUCGACGUCAGGCAGGAGGCCUAUCCUUGUGAAAUUGCAUGGAGGGGGUUGGCACGAAGGGACGUCGGAUGACUGGUGGCGACCAUGGACACUAGAACUGGCUCUCAAGCAUAAUGCCGUGGUUGUGUCCCCAGACUACAGGCUUAUGCCAGAGUCACAGUUCCAGGAUAUCGCCGACGACCUGCGUGACUUCUGGCGCUGGGUAGACACUGACUUCGAAGCGCUACCAGGGCUCGACGUCGACACGAGUAACCUGGCCAUCGUUGGAGAAAGUGCGGGCGGCCACCUGUCAGCGCUGUCCGUUCUGCUUGGUUUCUCCAAACAGGCUGCUGUUGUCAUGCUUCAAUAUCCGGCCCUGGCGAUCCGAAAGCAUUGCGAUUACGUUACCCGCGCCCCGGCCCCUCAAGUGCCCGUUUCCGUUCUGGACACGUACCUUGCAAAUGUCGACCCGAGCAAGUUGCUCACUCGGGCCGAGUUUGCCACGAGAAUGGACCUUGCCUACGCGUCGGGGCAGAGCGGACGACUUGUUGAUCUGGAUAGGUAUCCGCACUUGGACCCGAUCAAGAGUCUCGAAACGGCCGACAGGAUACCGCCGGUUUUCCUGUUCCAUGGCACCAACGAUACCAGUGUUUCGGUGAAAGAUUCACAGUUAUGGGUGGAAAAGCUGGAGAGGUUGCAUCCUGAUGUACCCAUUCAUGCAGUCUAUCCUCAUGGGGAGCACGUGCUCGACCAGGAAGCCACACUGGCGGAACCUUGGCUGAAAGAACCUAUUGCUUUUGUUGAGCGGUAUUGGCCAACCAAGUAGAAUGGCACACCUCCACACAACACUGGAAUACAUGCAGGGAGCCUUUGGUGAAGUGUGGCAUUGCUUGAUGGUCCGCCACAGCCAUGCAGUUUCCGUAGCGAUCACAUUUUUGCAGGCAGGCUAAUUAUUCCUUGUAGUGUGUGAGAUAGCACCAGUUAGGCCACUCAAAGAUUUUCCGUAGUUAUUAGAGGUCCUAACGGGCAUCAUCUAUGUCUAUAUCAUUUUCCAUUGGAAUAGGUCUCUUGUAACAUAAAAGACACAAUUUCAGAGACCUCGUCCUCGAAUUUCUAGCAUCAACCUGGCGUUGGUAGUCGUAGUGGUUAAUAGCCAUCGAGGACUCUGCUUUAGUACCAAAAUUCACGCGGAAUAGGUCAAAUUACAAAAGUACUG